GCGACCUCUGCUGUGAUUCUACCGCACAGCCGCACUCCCUGCCAGCCAGCUACACCAAAACCACCACCACACCGAGUCUCUGCGGCUGCUACAUGUGUGAUAGAUACGCCGCACCUCUACCACAGUACCACACCUGAACGCCACAUCUCUACCGAUCUUCUACAAUGACACAGCCUUGUCACUUGAACUUGACCUUACUUACAAAACUUCCACCGCACUUUCACUACAGUUAAGCUCACGUUAUGCUAUAAAUACACUUAAAUACACUACCAAACCUUCCUUAUAAACAUUUAAACUUACUUUCAACCUAAUUUCACACGCGUUUCACUAGGAAUACACUUAAAUACACUGCCAAACCUUCCCUGUAGACACUUACACACACUUCAGUCUCUCCUUCACCACCACACAUGAUACCAACUCAUUCGUUCCUGCCUCUCCGUCUCCUUCACCUCCUCCUCCUUCUGCGUCUUCGUCAGAUCCUGCUGCUGGCUCUCCUGAAGCUCUCCUCGUCCCCGGCAGCGGCAGAGGAGGUGCGGGUGUUCAGCUUCCAGAGGGGCAUUUGGGGCGCUCCCUCAGACCAGGUGUUCGCCAGGUACAACUUCUCCAGAGACGCACCACCUGUGACCCAGCUGUCCGUGUGCUACAGACUCAGGUUUGAGUCCUUCUCCAGAGGAUUUGAUGUGCACGUUUCCUACAAGGCGAGAGAUGACAAUGGGGACCCCUUCUAUUUUGGUAACAAUGGGAACUAUUUCGACACCUGGUUUGACAAUAAGGAGCAGAGCGGCCUGCCCCCGUGGGAACCUUACCCUGAGGUGUGGCGUCACGUGUGCCAUACCUUUGACACCUCCACCUAUACACUCUACUGGGAAGGACAGGCAGUGUUCCGGGGGCCCUUGGCGGGGAAGUGGCCGUGCCCCCUCAACGGAACCCUCGUGUUGGGGCAAGAGCAGGACAACCUUGGGGGCGGCUUCGAUAAACACCAGAUCUUCCGCGGGGACAUGACUCAGGUGUCGCUGUGGGAUCGCGUGGUGUCUCCAUUCCAGGUGAGCGCUAUGGCGGCCUGCAGGGAGCCUGGCCGCGGCAACCUGUUCUCCUCAGACACCUUCCCGCUGGAGGAGGUGGGCGUGCAGGCGUCCCAGCACAGCCUCGCCACCCUGUGUCAGCACACCCAGCACCACGUGGUGUUCCCGGAGGAGCGCACCCUGAGGGAAGCUCGCAGCCUGUGUCGCCGCCUCAACGCCAGCCUGGCCGUGCCCGCCUCGGCUGACGACAAUCGGCUCCUGGCAGACCAGCUGCCGGCCUUCCAGGACGCCUGCGUGCCCACCGCCGCCUGGAAGCUGUGGCUGGGCAUCACUGACAGGGCGGAGGACGGCGUCUGGAGGAAGUUCCACAAUAACGAGCAGAUCUCCUACCGCAACUUCCCGCCGGUGAACGCCGCCUCCUCCUACUACUGCGCCUCCAUGAAGCAGGACGGCUUCUGGGACGGUGACCGCUGCGCCAACAGGCGGUGCGCCGCGUGCCACGUGGAGCGGUCCUCCUUCCUCUACCUGCGAGGGCUGUGCUUCGACACCAAGUUCCGGAUGCGGUUCAGGGCUCAGGGUUAUAUCAACGGCCGCCCUUUCUUCCGCGGCUACUACGACAAGGUCAUCCUGUGGCAGGAGCAGCACAAGCAGUGGGCGCUAGUGGACGCCGUGACCAACGCCACGAUGCUGGCCACCCAGGACGUGGCCGACAACGACUAUCCGCUGGGCAGACACCCUUGGGAGGCGCGGCGCGGCCUGUGUAGCCGCCCCAAGGGCACCGUGAUGCCGCUCAGCCUGUCGUCCUGCGAGGACCACGAGUUCACCUGCAGCACGGGGGACUGCGUGCCGCGCGGCCUGCGGUGCGAUUUCCGCUACGACUGCGGCGACGGCAGCGACGAGGAGAGCUGCGGGGUGGUGCAGCUCAAGGACCACCUGCAGAGGGAGCUGCCGCCGCCGGGGGUGGACGGGGGUCCCCUCACCGUGACGACCUCUAUCACCCUCUCCCGCAUCGCUGACGUGGACGACAUCGCCAUGGCCGUCACGCUGGAGUUCCGCGUCUCGCUCGCCUGGACGGACAGCCGCCUCAGGCUGCGCCAUCUCAGGCUCAACAAGAAUGGCACCAUCCUGACGGAGGCCGACGCGCAGAAUGUGUGGCAGCCUCGCUACUCCUUGGUCAACCUGGAGGGCGGCACGCAGCAGCGCCUGGGUCACUCCCUCGUGGUGACCAGCAGCAGCGGCGCCGCGCUGCCCUCGUACAACAGCGUGGACAUGGAUCUGGUGUACCCGGGGGCCGCCAACAAUAUCUCCCUUCGUCAGCGGUACACGGCCCGGGUCACGUGUUACUUUGAGCUGUAUGCGUAUCCCUUUGACAUCCAGCUGUGCAGUAUCGAUCUGGAGCUUCCCUCUGAACUGGAUGACUACGUGCGGCUGGCGGUGCUGGAGGGCGAGGCGCGCUACACGGGACCCCACGAGCUGUCCAAAUACACGGUGGAGGAAGUGCAUUUCAGCGAGUCCUCCGGCGGGGCGUGUGGUGAGUCUGGAGUUUGAGCUGCACCGUCGUCAGGGCAUAGUCGUGUUCUCCAACUUCCUGCCCUCCGCCAUGCUCCUGGUGGUGAGCUGGGCCACGCUCUUCAUCCGGCAGGAGGCGAUCAACGUGCGGUGCAUCAUGGCCCUCACCACACUCCUCGUCCUGUACACGCUCUUCGCCAAUAUGUCCCAGUCGCUGCCCUCCACCGCCGCCAUCAAGCUCAUCGACAUCUGGUUCUUCUUCAUCAUCUUCGUGCUCUUCACCAACAUCAUGAUCCACGUGUUCAUGGACGACAAGACCCCCGCACCACUGCCGCCGCCUCCGUCAGCAGCACCACCGGCGAGUCUCUUCACCAAGGUGGCCACUGCGACUCCCACGGAGGAGCCUCAGUCACUACCUCAGCCGCGGCCUCCCUCCGUCAGGUUCCUGAGGCAGUACCGCACGCUGUACCUGCCCCUCGCUGUGCUGGUGUUCAAUAUAUACUUCUGGGUGGCGGUCAUUCUCAGCAGGAAAUAGCGGCGGCGCCUCACAAACACACCUGAUUGCACUCAUGAGACAAAGACAGCAGCAGACCUCUAGGCCCUUGUGAGAGAGUGAUAAUCUAAAUCAAUAUAAAACAUGUAAGAUAAUAAAGCAUUCCGUAUCUC